UUCAUAUUGAAACAAGUCAGGUUCGAUUCCCACACACUUGAAACAAGUGAAAUCUGGAUAUAUUUUGUGGUUGCAACUGGUUUAUAUGGUGAAUUUGCUGGCUUAGAAGGUUAUGUAUUAGAAAUUUAGCAAUGAUUUUUCAUUAUUUUUUGUAACAAAAGGUUUUGGUGAUGCUUAUUGCCCCCAAGGUUUAGCAUAGGAGUUCUUUCAUAAACUGUAUGUUCUUUUAUCUAUGUUCUUUUCAUUAAUUUUUGUAACAAAAGGUUUAGGUGAUGCUCAUUGUCACGCUCAAAUGCCGGAUAUAGAAGAAUAAGAAAGAUGUUGACUUCUAGAUACCGAAAAGUAACUCUAACGAAAGAUUAUGAAGUCACUAACCCUACAAGUCAAAUAGAGCCGGCUUACAAAAGGAGAAAGUUAUUUCAUCAUAGGCCAAAAUCUUCAUAUGAAAAUAAGAAAAAUAAAGUGAAAUUUAGCAUAAAUUCCUUUAAAGUGCCCAGACAUUAUAUCGAGAUACCAGAGAAUGCAACUAUAGGUUCACUGAAGAGGAUAGUUAUGGAGGCUAUUAGAACAUAUCUUGGAAGCAAACUACAUGUUGGGAUGAGUCUGGAGGGCAAAAAGGUCAAAGACAACAAUAGAACGCUAAAACAAAUCGGUAUUUCAGUGAAUCGUGACCUCGACACUUUAGUGUGUUGCUGACUCCAGCUAAUGGGAACUCGAUGUACAUUACAAUUUGAGGCAACUAAAUGGGCCAAUGCACACUUUUGGUGCUUCGAGAUCAACUGCUUCAGGAAUUGAAACACUAUCCGGUCCAGAUUUUUGUGGGAUUACAAGUGAGCUAAUGUUCCAGUUCUUCAAGCUGUGGAAAAUCACAACGGAAUUCGAAAUUAUUAUCAUGGAAGCCCUAAAUACAUAUCACUGCUUAAUCAUCUCCGAAUAUAUCUACCAGAGCUAUUCCCAAAUCUUGAUAAGGUGGUUUUCUUAGACGAUGAUGUUGUAAUUCAACGUGAUUUAUCUCCGCUUUUUGAGAUUGACCUUAACGGGAAGGUCAACGGAGCAGUUGAAACGUGUAAAGGUGAAUAUUCGUGGGUCAUGUCUAAA